AAGUGUCCUUCUCGGAGUGCGUCAGAGCACGGAUGUAUAUGCUGGAUGUGGAUGUGGAUACGGUUGCCCGCCGGAUACGACGAGGGAUUUGUGAUAUUACACCCCAAAAUCAAGAGGAGGAUUUGAGCACAAACGGAGAGCUGCAUCCUCACCCAGCAUUCCUCCGCCUCUUCCUCUUCCAGCAGAUUUGUUUGUAGGGGUGACAGAGGCGAUUUCUUUUGACCCCCCUUUUAAAUCUCCUGAGCGCAUCGGAGGAACAAGUCAUUCAGAUUCGUCGGAGCUCCAAAACAUAAGAGCGAAGACCCAUACAAUCUCAUCUCAUAAAAUGGCAACCAUGGGCGACAACUGAGGAUCAAAAGAUGCUUUUUGGGGCUGAGAAAUUAACCACCUGAUGGGCACCAGAGAAGCCGAAGAAAGACUGUUUGGGUGUCGCUUGUUGACUCGGUGAUUUAUCAUGCUGAGCAUAAAAGGGGCGCUGCAAGUUUGACACAGCGUCUGCGUAACAGGCUAUGCCACCGGCCCUGGUGUUUUUUGGUUAUGGUAAUGAUGUCAUAAAAUAGCCUAUAUAUACUGGGCGCAACAAGAUAUGCUCGUAAAUGUUUUUUUUUUCUUUCUUUUUUUUAUCAUGUAAGAAGCAACGGGGACUCCAGCCAACAUGGACCUUACUGAGAGGUGUGUUUGUUAAUCUGACUUUCUAAACGAUUGAUGCCUCAGUCUCUCUGUGUUUGCGCGACAGAGCUGCAACUUUUAUCCUCUGGUCUGCAUCCCUCUUGACGAGGGUUCUGUAGCGUUCGCGGAUCGAACCUUUACAAAAAUGGAGUUUGCCAUGGUGGGUGCGGACGGCGGGUGCAACAGUCACCUGCCGUAUGGAUAUGCCCAAGCCCGCGCGCGUGAGAGGGAGCGCGAGAGGGAGCGCCAGGCUGCCCAGAUGAGAGCGGCCGCGGCGGCCGCGGCUGCAGCAACCGACGGUGGCUCCGGUGCGGAGGGAGGUGCGGGGGGCCCCACCUCCGCCACCUCCUCGGGCGCUCAUCUCCUUAACAACCGCCAACAUCAGUCUCGCGCCGCCUCCUCCUCCGCUAACAUCAGCAGCAGCGGCGCCGCCUCGCGCCCCUCCUCCUCCUCCACCUCCUCGCAGCAGGAGCCCGAACAGCAACAGCAGCACAGAGUUCUCAGAGAGCGGAAAAAGCAGCGCGGCGUCGGUCGGUGGAGGCGCAACCGGAGUACUCUCGGAGGGGACUUGCGCCACUCGGAGCUGGCGCUGCUCGGAUCUGAGGAGGACAUCAUGAUAGAGGAGGAAGAGGCCGAGGGAGCGGAGGAAGAGGAGGAGGAGGGUGGAGGGGGAGAGGCGGCGGAGGGCGGCCGAGGGAGCAAGAGGUCGAGCUUUCUGUGCAACAUGGAUGAUGAGGAGGAGACCGUGUCUAUCACCGACAGGCGUCCCCAGUCCGGAUACGAGAACGUUUACAGCGAGUGCGGCUGCUGUGAGAGGGUCGUCAUCAACGUAUCGGGGCUGAAGUUUGAAACUCAGCUGAAGACGCUCACUCAGUUCCCGGACACCCUCCUGGGAGACCCCGACAAGCGAAUCAGGUACUUUGACCCGCUGAGGAAUGAAUACUUCUUCGACAGGAACCGGCCGAGUUUUGACGCCAUUCUUUACUAUUACCAGUCAGGAGGGCGGUUAAAAAGACCUGUCAACGUCCCGUUUGACAUCUUUUCCGAGGAGGUCAAGUUUUAUGAACUCGGCGAGGAGGCCAUACUGAAGUUUCGGGAGGAUGAGGGGUUUGUGAAGGAGGAGGAGAAACCUCUGCCGGAGGACGAGUUCAAGCGCCAGAUUUGGCUCCUUUUUGAGUAUCCAGAGAGUUCGAGUCCUGCCAGGGGCAUAGCGGUGGUGUCUGUCCUGGUCAUAGUCAUUUCUAUUGUUAUUUUCUGUCUGGAGACGCUGCCCGAGUUCAGGGAUGAAAAAGAGUAUCUGCAGCCACGCCAGAACUCCUCUCAGCCUGACCACGGAUUUACACCCUUCAACGACCCGUUUUUCAUCGUGGAGACGGUCUGCAUCAUCUGGUUCUCCUUUGAGAUUAUAGUUCGUUUUUUUGCGAGUCCAAGCAAGACAGCGUUCUUUAAAAACAUAAUGAACUCCAUAGAUAUCGUGUCCAUUUUGCCUUACUUCAUAACCCUCGGCACGGACCUGGCGCAGCACCAGGGCAACGGGCAGCAGGCGAUGAGCUUCGCCAUCCUAAGAAUAAUCCGCCUGGUCAGGGUGUUCCGCAUCUUCAAAUUAUCCAGACACUCCAAGGGGCUGCAGAUCCUGGGGCAUACCUUGCGCGCCAGCAUGCGGGAGCUGGCCCUCCUCAUUUUUUUUCUGGUAAUAGGCGUCAUCCUGUUCUCCAGCGCGGUGUACUUCGCCGAGGCGGACGAGCCCACCUCGCAGUUCACGAGCAUCCCCGACGCUUUCUGGUGGGCCGUGGUUACCAUGACCACGGUGGGCUACGGCGACAUGAAGCCAAUCACUGUCGGUGGGAAGAUAGUGGGCUCCCUUUGCGCGAUCGCGGGCGUGUUGACCAUCGCGCUCCCGGUGCCCGUUAUAGUGUCCAACUUUAACUACUUUUAUCACCGGGAGACGGACAACGAGGACCAGUCACCCGUGGUGGAGAGCAUGCCGCCGGGCUGCCCGUACUUCCCGGACUUUCUUAGGAAGUUUAAAGGCUCGCCGUCUGGCUCCUCGCUGGGUGACAAAGGGGAGUACAUGGAGAUGGAGGAGGGGGUGACGGAGUCGCUCUGCGGGUUGGACAAAAGCCCCAGUAAAGGAAAUGGCACAGACAUAAGCAGAAAAAACAGCACUAACUCGAAAUCAAUUCAGACUGACGUGUGACUAAGAGUUUUAUUUUAUUAUUUUCUAAACAAGAUACACAUCCGAUAAAAGACUCGUUCUGCCCAACAGCAGCUGAAUCAUAACCCCCCAAUAGGUCUAUAUAGGUUUUCCGCACCUCAGAGACCCCUCACACACACACAUUCACACUCAUAGGCCACCAAUUGGGACCUUAAUAGCAUCCAUGCCUAAAUUUGCCUGAUAGACACAGAUAUAUCCGUUUAUCCAGUGUGGGCUUCCAAAUCUGACAUGGAAUCUGAAUUAGACAACAGGCUAUGCAUUCGCACUUUAUGACUUUCAUCUGUCACAUCACAAGGGUAGGGACGGUUGUUUUUUGCUGUUAUGCAAUAAAGUUAAAAUUUGUUUGCACUAUAACGUAGAAUUUGCGCUGGGUUAGAGACAGUAACUGUAGGCCAUUCAGAUAGCAACAUUGUAGUCAUCCUCUGCUCACCUGGAUACAGAAUGUAUGAGUAGAGAAAAGAGGAAACUAUUUGACUUAGUCUGCCAGAAAACAAAAAUAUAAAACUGAGCUCUAUUUACAUAAGAAGCCUAAGAAAGAAUACUUUCAUCUUUGUUCAUUUAAAAUACUCAAACAAAAAUGACCUACACAUUGAUGAGAUACGUUAUAACGUAGGCCAUUAAAUAAACCAGGGCUAUGCUGAAAUAAGCUUUUCCAUAAGAGGCCAAUAAUAAUAAUAAUAAUAAUAAUAAUAAUAAAAGACCCACAAUGAGAGCUAAGCACAGGUGUCAUCAUUGUUUAAAAUGGCUGAAGAAGUCACCCAGCCCAGGUUUUCUGUGAACACUUGUAAAGCCUCGGCUGCAACAUUUUUUUUUUUCAUUUCAAAAGCACCUCAAAAUGACAAUAUCCCUUUACAAAGAUGAAUAUGGAAAGUUACAGCGUAAAAGACUCUGACAUGGGAACUCUAAAAGGAGAGAUUAUGAGCAAUUUUCUCGCCUUUCUGCUGGACUCAGUGCACAAAACGGUAUAUAUAUGUUUAUAUAUAUACCUGUAUUUUUUUUUUUGCUCAAGAGAACUUUGAUUAUCUCCGAGCACAGAAGAUAAUCAGGAUGUGGAUGUCUUCCAAGGUAUGUAGUGUUCAAUUUCUGUGUAAAGAUAACUUUUACUGA